AUGAAUCCAUUUCGAAGAUUGUUCUCAAUUCAAUCGACUUCAUCAGCCAGUUAUCUUAAAAUCAAUGAACAAGUGAAACAAGCGCUUUUCGAAAAGAAAGGAGUGGUGGCGUUAGAGUCGACGAUUAUCGCUCACGGAAUGCCCUAUCCAACAAAUCUCAACACUGGACACGAACUGGAGGAGAUCAUCCGAUCUGAGGGAGCAGUGCCGGCCACAAUUGCAAUUAUGGAUAAAAAAAUCCACAUCGGUCUUUCCGAAAGAAAAAUGGAAAGAAUCGCUAAAUCGAAAGAUGCUUUGAAAGUAUCAAGGAGAGAUAUUGCGAAAUGUUUGGCUAUGAACUCAGUGGGUGCCACAACAGUCGCAUCAACGAUGUGGGCGGCUCAUCAAGCCGGCAUUCGUGUAUUUGCCACUGGAGGGAUUGGAGGCGUUCAUCGAUAUGCAGAUCAAACAUUCGAUAUCUCAGCCGAUCUCCAAGAACUCGCUACAACACCAGUGACGGUGGUUUGUGCUGGCGUUAAAAGCAUUCUCGAUAUCCCGAAAACCGUUGAAUACCUGGAAACACACAGCGUCAACACAAUUGUCUACUCGGAGAAGAACGCUUUCCCGGCUUUUUUCACUCAAGAAUCCGGAUCAAAGGGACAAUUCAACACCAAAGAUCUUGAGAAAGUCGCUAGAAUUAUAGAAACUUCAAAACAAUUGGGCCUACCAGCCGGAACGAUUUUGGCUUGUCCGAUUCCAUUGGAGCAUUGCGGAGAUGGGAGAUUGAUUGAAGAAGCGAUACAACAAGCGCUAGAAGAAGCAAAAGCUGAGAACAUCACCGGCCAAGCAGCUACUCCAUUUCUUUUGUCUCGAGUCAAAGAACUUACUGGAGGGAAAUCACUGGAAGCUAAUGUCGCUCUGGUAAAGAACAAUGCCAGGAUUGCAGCCAGAUUAGCGAAGAUUUUGGCUGAAAGAUCUUCGUCACCAGCUCCAAGUGGGACUAUUUGCUUUGCUCCACCGAAGAAGAUUCAAGAAGCGAAAAAGAAGCCACGAGUGGUGACUCUCGGUGCAGCAAUUUGCGACUUUGAGGCAAUCACACAAGAAAACGUGCAAGUUUGU